AUGUCCGAAGCUGAUUCCUCUUCCACAACUGGAUUGCUGGAAGGGUCUUCAACAAGCUCAAGCCCUGGAUUAACCCAAGGCGUGGUCCGAGCGGGCGAACUUCCAAUGUUCUUACUCAUUCGACAAGAGCACGAGAGACGGGAUCGUGAUGAAAACGAUCUUUGGAUGGAGAAUGAAAAGCUCAAGGACGAUUUGAAGAAAUUGAAGCAAAAAGAACGAAAGAUGUUAAAAACCGAAAAGGUUGUCCAGGGACAGUUAAUGUAUAGCGAAGAGGAAAGGUAUAGAUUGGAGGGUGAACUGAACCAAGCUAAUGACAAGUGUCAUUUCCAACAGAAGCAGUUGGUUGAGAUCGCAGAACAACUGCGUCUAGCAAAGCUUGAAUUGGAAUCGAUAAGAUCAAGUUUGGAUGUCUCUCGCUUGGAGGAACAAAAAAUCGGGAACAAGAAGCAGGAAAAUGAUAAGCUGAAGCGUGUCGAGGAGUCAGAGAUUUCAAGAAGCUAUCAGAACCAGCUUAAAAGGCUCUUUGAUGCACAAGAAAGCUUGCAAAUCUUGGAGCUCAAACAGCACAUUGACGCGCAGGAAACUAUGAUCACGGACCUGAAUCGAACGAUCAGUGAACUAUUUUCAUCCAGAGAACUGCUUGCCAGUGUCGAACCUUCCGUGGAGCAUUAUACACCGUUCCUCUCCGAAGAGAUCAGAUAUCCGGACAACCAAAUUCACUCUCUGGAGGCCCAAGAAACCAAGACAGUGGCGAUGCAUGGUACUCAACAGGUUACAUGUUCUACUCUUUCUUCCAGAAAGUAUCUUACAAGCGAUAAAAAGUCCAUGAAAGAUUUGAAGCGAACAGAUUCCUGGGGAAAGAUACUGUUCAACAUCAUGUUCUGUAUUAGAGAAAUGAUAGGAACAGUUCUUUCAAAUGACUUUUGGAGAUGA